AUGCGCGCAAACCGGCCUCAAAGCUAUACAUCUCUGCCUAUGAGCGAGAAGGAACCGCUAACGUCAAAGCCGCCGCGGCGCUACAAUGAAGCUUCAGGACUACGUCGUUGUGCAAUUCAGGCAGUCAGUGCCUGUGUAGUCAUCUACGGGCUCUUCAACUUAUUCCCAUUCUCAACCUCAAAGCCCUGCGACACCAUCGACGAGGGCUACCGCUGCAGCCCCAAGACGACACACUACCUUGGGCAGUAUUCCCUUUGGUACUCUGUGCCCUCUGAAAUAGACGUUGCCCCUCCCAAAGGCUGUGAAGUGACCUUUGCGAACGUCCUCUCCCGCCAUGGUGGCCGCGACCCGACAUUUGGCAAAUCGAUAGCCUACCACCUCCUGAUUGCCGAAAUUCAGAACACAAGCACUUCAUACCCGGAUGCAUUCAAGUUCUUGAAGGAUUACGACUAUACACUGGGCGCGGAUGAGUUGACGGAUGCUGGAAGGCAGGAGAUGGUGAACUCGGGCGCUCACUUCUACCGCCGGUACCAGAAACUCAUGGAUGAGAAUACGCCAUUCGUGCGCGCUGGUGGCCAGCAUCGUGUCGUAGAGUCGGCUGAGCGCUGGCUCAUGGGUGUUGCACAGUCGCUGAACACAAAGCCCCAGAAGAUUGAUUUAGUCAUUCCAGAAGGCUCAACCUGGAACAACACGCUGUCCCACGAUAUCUGCCCUGCUUUUGAGGGCGGGCCGAACCAUGGCCUGGGAGACCGAGCGCAGCAGGUAUGGGCUGCCAAGUUUGUACCGCCGAUUCAGAACCGCGUCAACUCGGCUCUCGGUACCAAUCUUAGCGCGACUUCUAUUGUCUAUAUGAUGGACAUGUGCCCUUUCGAUACCCUUGCACACCCUUCAGCGCAGUUGUCAGAGUUUUGCAAGCUGUUUACGGACAAGGAAUGGCGGGAGUAUGACUACUUCCAGACUUUGGGCAAGUACUACGGCUACUCAGUAGGAAACCCACUUGGGCCUACGCAAGGUGUUGGGUAUGUCAACGAGCUGUUGGCGCGCCUGACAAAGAAGCCUGUUGAAGACAACACCAACACGAACCGCACACUUGACUCGGACCCAAAGACAUUCCCUCUGGACCGCAAAGUAUACGCUGAUUUCAGUCAUGACAAUGAUAUUAGUGGUGUUUUAGCUGCGCUUGGACUGUACAACAAGACCAAGGCAUUGUCCAAUACUACGAUCCAAGACACCAAGCAGACGCAUGGCUAUUCGGCUGCAUGGACAGUGCCGUUCGCUGCUCGCUUGUAUGUCGAGAAGCUGCAAUGCAAGGGCGAGAAAGAAGAGUUGGUCCGCGUUAUUGUGAACGAUCGUGUGCAACCACUAGAGUUCUGUGGUGGAGACCGUUUUGGUAGGUGCACGCUAAGCAAGUUUGUCGAAAGCCAAAGCUUUGCUCGAAGUGGUGGACUUUGGGAAAGGUGCUAUGAUUAA